AUGGUUUUUAAAAUCGCCAUCGAUGGGCCUGCAGGAAGUGGUAAAAGUACUACUGCCUGCUUACUAAGAAAGAGGCUUGGUUACAAAACAAUAAAUUCCGGUAGCAUUUAUAGAGCGGUAGCGUACGUUCUUGACAGUACAUUUAAAAAUGCAGAUCUAGAAUCUAAAAAUAUUAGAGAUUUUGUAAAUCUUUUAGAUUUUGAUAUGUUUAAAGAUGAAAUACUUUAUAAUAACCAUAACAUCUCGAAUUACUUAAGAUCCAAGAGAAUUGACGAAUAUGUUUCUCUGGUUGCUAAGAAAUUGUACAUUCGUAAAAAAGUGGGAAACUUACAGAAUAAGUUUAUUAAAUGUUCCGAUACAGGAAUUAUUAUUGAAGGAAGGGAUAUAGGGACUAAUGUACUACCAGAUGCUACUUUAAAAAUAUAUUUGGAUGCAUCUCCCAAAGUGCGGGCAAAAAGACGCUUUUUAGAAAGGCCUGAUAUAUCUUAUGAAGAUACUUUAGCGGGAAUAAUUGAACGAGAUUACAGUGAUAAAACUAGAGAACAUGGUGCUUUAGUUGUCGCAGAGGGGGCUAUUAUUAUUAAUACUGAUGAUAUGAGCACAGAAGAAGUGGUUGAUAAAAUUUUUGACUUAUUUCAAAAUAAAAUUAAUUAA